UACUUCAAAGCUUGUGUUUCCACUGUCUCGCAGGAAUACGUUAACUGGCAUCAACUCGCGCACACUUUCUCCCGCCAACCCAUCAUCAACGUUUAAUCCCUCUUCGCCCGUCCAAUAGUUGCGGACUAUCAGAGGUUAGAUGGUGUUCCGCAGGAACACCAGACCGCAUCGGGCCGCCUCAGUCUUCUUCGUCCCACCGGCGACGACACCGUCUUUUUUCUCUCUUCGAGCUCGAUAAAACCCUAAUUUUUUUAUCUUUAGUUGGAAUUCCAGUAGAUUUUGUCAAACCCUAGAUCGCUCCGUUAAUGGCGUCCGGUGAUCCUGAGAUCGAGGUCGUCUCGGAUCCAAAUUCCGUGCAGAAUGGGAACCCUAGCCCCGGGGAGGCCAUUUCCAACGCCAUCGUUGAUGUUUACUCCGCCUCGGCCUAUGGCGAUCUCCAGAAGGUCCGGGACUUCGUGGAGAGGGAGGGGCACACCGUCUCCAAGCCCGAUGGCAAUGGCUACCACGCCCUCCAGUGGGCCGCCCUCAAUAACCACGUCGACGUCGCUCAGUAUAUCAUCGAGCACGGUGGCGAUGUGAACGCGGCUGAUAACACGCAGCAAACAGCGUUGCAUUGGGCGGCUGUCCGAGGAUCGGUGGCCGUCGCGGACGUGCUUUUGCAGUGUGGUGCUCGGACUGAGGCCGCUGAUCUCAAUGGCUACCGGGCAGUUCAUGUCGCAGCACAAUAUGGACAAACAACAUUUUUGAAUCACAUUAUUGCAAGAUAUGGUGCAGAUUUUGAUGCCCCAGAUAAUGAUGGGAGGAGUCCACUUCAUUGGGCUGCUUAUAAGGGCUUUGCUGAUACUGUUAGGUUGCUGUUAUUUAGAGAUGCAAACCAUGUAAGACAAGAUAAAGAAGGGUGCACACCUUUACAUUGGGGUGCAAUAAGGGGGAAUAUGGAGACUUGCAUGGUGCUUGUACAUGCUGGCACUAAGGAAGAAUUAAUGGUGAAAGACAAGUCUGGAUUCACUCCUGCUCAGCUUGCCUCUGAUAAAGGUCAUGGGCAUGUUGCUUAUAUUCUUUCAAAUGCAUCGAAGUUAAGCGGCCAUUUCUGUGAAGAUAAAAUAUGUGCAGGGAAAAUUGGGAAGGUUGGAUAUGCUCCCAUUCUGCUGAUUGUGAUUGUAGUCCUUAUGAUUCUUUUCCUUAACUCAGUUGUUGCCGCACCUAAAUUGCCAAAAGUUACUGCUGUUGUUGGACUUUGGUGUUGGACUGCUAUCUCCCUUGCCUUUGGUUCGGUAUGGAUGUUCUAUAGGUGUAGCAGCAAGGAUCCAGGUUUUAUCAAACCGAGGUUGGGACAGUCAGCAAAGCAUGAAGGUCAAGAUGAUCCUCUACUUAGUAUUGAUCUCAACAAUUGUUCUAUAUGGACGGGAAAUUGGUCUCAACUUUGCCCUACCUGCAAGAUAAUUAGGCCUGUUCGCUCCAAGCACUGUCCUUCAUGUAAGCACUGUGUGGAGCAGUUUGACCAUCACUGCCCGUGGAUAUCCAAUUGUGUUGGAAAGAGAAAUAAGUGGGACUUCUUUGUCUUCCUUUGCAUGGGAUCGGUGACAUCAUUUAUUGGUGCUGUUGUUACAGUUCAUAGGAUAUGGACAGGAUCACGAUCUCUCCUGUCUUCUGGGACUGUGAUGACUUAUAUGGUGAAAGAACAUCCUGGGGCUGUUAUGUUUCUUAUCCUGGACCUUGUGUUGCUAUCUGCAGCUUUGGUCCUUACAAUUGCACAGGCUUCACAGAUUGCGCGGAACAUUACAACAAACGAGGUGGCAAAUGUUAAUCGAUACUCUUAUCUUCACGGACCUGAAGGGCGUUUCCGCAAUCCAUACAAUCAUGGUUGCCGGAAGAACUGCACGGACUUUCUAAUCUUUGGUUACAACAACGACGAGGACAUUGCAUGGCCGCCGCUUCCAAUGGUCGCAAGAUGAAAGUAGUCAUCGGUACCAUCGUCUGUACACAGCCGGCCGGCUUGCAAUUUGCGAUAAAGAACCUGGACAUCUAUCUUCAGUUUCUUGCCAUGAACUCCUGCAGCUCUCCCUCUCCAGCUUAAUUUGUACACACCUGAACUAAUAGUUCCAUUAAUUAGUUUCCAUUAGAACUUGUAAUCAAAAGACCAAAUUUUCAUUUUCCAUUGCUGUUGUGAGAUCUGUAACAUAAUUGUUUCUUUGUAAAGAACAAACAACAUCAAAGCGCAAUAAAAUUUUUGAUUUUGUUUGAGUGAAACAAU